CUUACGGAGUAAUAAUUGUUUUCCCUCCGAAGCUGAAUCCUCUUCACCGGCAAAUCCGCCGUUGUCUCCGUCGCACAUCCGAAGAGCAGAUGAUCUGCAUUGUCUUUCGCGCACUUUUAAGAUCUCUUCACUUUCUCCUUUUAUUAUGGUGGGUUUACCGGAAUGUUUCUCCGAUUCGAAUGGGCGACUCUACUCCGACAAUGACCAGCGAGUUCACUUCGUCUCCGUCGGGUCUCCUCUUCGGGAGGUGGAAGGAUGCCCAAGAUUGGACAUCAAGUGAAUGAGGGAUUUUGUAUACUGCAAUGCAAGGGACGUCCUAUGCCAGUCCAAUGAAGUUAAUCAACAAUAUCUUCAACUCGGAUCUUGCUUUCAAUCUGAGGAGGGAUGAGGAUUCUUUGCAGAAUGGGCAAAAUGGUGAAGUGAGUGUCUCUGCUCGGGAUUAUGCAUUGAUCACUGGACAAAUGUGGUUGUAGGCGCUUAAAUGGAUUUUAAGCUAUGGAUGUCGGUUAAAUGUAGUCCAUUUAAGGCCCCUUUUGCUCUAGAUGCCAUGAGGUGAACUGAUCUGAUUAUACUAAAAAGCUUCACACAUUAUUAUUCCCUUCCAUUUUUUGGCAUAUGGGUUACUGCUUCCUACCUUGGUCCUUAUCUUUAACAUAUAAUGUUAUUGGUUUGAAUAUUCCAUUCUUAAAAGAAUUUUUUUCCUAUGUUCUUAAAUGAAUUUUGUACAGGGCU